CAAAAACUUAGUCCACACUCCCCAUUUCUAUAUAAACAUCAACUUAAGCAACAAUAAUAACACAAAAUAAACCUAACAAAAGAAAAGAAGAAAAAAAAAGACUAACAAAAUGGCCAAGCCUUUUAGUCUGUUUCCAACCCUUAUGAUACUCAGUUUCUUCAUAAUCUCUUCCCCUUUGAUCCAAGCCGGCUUCACCAAUGACAUGGACGGUCUGGAAUGGGCCACGAACGGUGUCCAUGACCACUCCUCAGGCUGCCACGGUUCAAUAGCAGAUUGUAUCGGGGCAGAGGAAGAGGAAAUGGACACAGAAAUCAGCAGAAGAAUAUUGGCGACAACAAAGUACAUAAGCUAUCAAUCUUUGAAGCGGAACAGUGUGCCAUGUUCGAGAAGAGGAGCGUCAUAUUAUAAUUGUCAGAACGGAGCUCAGGCUAAUCCUUAUAGUCGUGGUUGCAGCUCAAUUGCUCGUUGCAGGAGUUAGCGCUCCACAAAGAAGUUCUCCUUCUCUCUUCAUUAUGCUGUCUUAUAAUUAAUUAUACGGUACUCACAUAAGUUGGAUUUGGAUGUGAAUGACCUUUGUUUGUUCCGUGAUGAUCCAUGACGUGAUUAGUGUUUCUUUAAGCUUUUGAAUAUUUCAUGUGUAUAUUCUCUGUAUCUCUUGCACAGUAAUACUAAAAAUAAGUCUGAUCAAGACCA